AUGUCGAAUAGAGCUCAAAGAAAUUUGCCUAGCACUACAGAGGUUAAUCCUAAAGAACAAUGUCAAGCUAUUACUUUGAGGAGUGGAACGAGGUAUGAAGGGCCAAAGAAGAAUCAGUUGGAAGAAGAAGAAGGUCAGAAGGGAAAUACUCAAGGUAAAGAGGAACAUACGUUUAUUGAUGAAAAGGUUACUGAGGACCUUAAGAAAGAAGAGGAGACCCCACCUAUGCCCAGCUAUGUAAAGUUUAUGAAGGAUAUUCUCUCUAAUAAAAGAAAGAUGGGUGACUACGAAACAGUGGCUUUAACGGAAGAAUGUAGUGCGAUUUUGCAAAGGAAACUCCCUCACAAGUUACGAGAUCCUGGGAGUUUUACUAUUCCAUGCACAAUUGGGGAGUUUGAAUGUAAGCAUGCACUUUGUGAUUUGGGGGCAAGUAUUAAUUUAAUGCCUUUGUCAGUAUUCCGUAGACUUGGUUUGGGGGAAGCUAGGCCAACCACCGUAACAUUGCAGCUGGCUGAUAGAUCUGUGAAGCAUCCACGAGCAACUGGGCAAGCAUUGAUAGAUGUGCAAAAAGGAGAGUUAAAGCUAAGAGUUCAAGGGGAAGAAGUGGUCUUUAAUGUAUUUAAGGCUAUGACAUAUCCUAAAACAAGUGAUAGUUGUUUCUCAAUUGAUGUGGUAGAAGAAGUAGUAGGAAGAAAAGAAGUAAUUAAGGAUCCUCUUGAAAUAAGCCUUACAGUUGAUGAUGUAGAUGGUGAGGAAAAUGAAGAAGCGAUGAGUUAUUUAAAGUGGAUAAAAUCAUAUGAGCCAUGGAGCCAUAAGAAAUUUGAAGAAUUGGGUGAGGGACUGGAAAGACCAUUACCAUCGAUUGUGAAGCCACCUGUUUUAGAUCUGAACUUUUUACCAGACCAUCUCCGUUAUGCUUAUCUUGGUGAAAAAGAGACUCUUCCAGUUAUAGUUUCAUCACUUCUUUCGGAAGAAGAAGAGGAGAAGUUGUUGAGGGUAUUGAGGGCUCAUAAAACUGUUACAGGGUGGACUCUGUCUGAUAUAAGAGGAAUUAGCCCAUCAACAGUUAUGCAUAGAAUUCUCAAAGAAGAUGAUGCAAGACCGACUAUUGAUGUUCAACGAAGACUUAAUCCGACAAUGAAAGAAGUGGUGAGAAAAGAGAUUUUGAAAUGGUUAGAUGCUGGAGUGAUUUACCCUAUUUCUGAUAGUGCGUGGGUGAGUCCAAUACAAGUAGUACCUGAGAAGGGUGGUAUAACAGUGGUGAAGAAUGAAAGUAAUGAACUGAUUCCAACAAGGACUGUGACGGGUUGGAGGGUCUGUAUAGACUAUCGGAAGUUAAACAAGGCAACUAGGAAAGAUCAUUUUCCUUUGCCUUUUAUUGAUCAAACAUUGGAUAGGUUGGUGGGGCAUAACUACUAUUGUUUUCUAAACGAGUACUCAGGCUAUCAUCAUAUUGUAAUUGCACUGGAGGAUCAAGAGAAGACAACGUUUACAUGUCCUUAUGGCACUUUUGCUUUUAGAAGGAUGCCAUUCGGGUUAUGUAACGGUGUAUGA